GUGUGCUGGCUCCCCCCCGAGCAGACAGCAGGGAAGCAGAAGCCCUACGUGUACACGCAAGGCCAGGCCGUCCUCAACAGGUCCUUCUUCCCAUGCUUCGACACCCCGUCAGUCAAAUGCACGUAUUCGGCCACGGUGCAGGUCCCCGAGGGUUUCACAGCUGUGAUGAGUGCCACGAGCUGGGAGAAGCAGAAUGAUAACACCUUUGUCUUCAAGAUGGCCCACCCAAUCCCCUCCUACCUGAUCGCUCUGGCUGUUGGGGACAUUGUGUCUGCUGACGUUGGCCCAAGGAGCCGUGUCUGGGCCGAGCCCUGCCUGAUUGAGGCUGCGAAGAAGGAGUAUGAUGGGGUGAUAGAGGAGUUCCUGGCGGUUGGAGAGAGGCUCUUUGGACCUUAUGUCUGGGGCAGGUACGACAUCCUGUUCAUGCCGCCCUCCUUCCCCUUCGGCGGGAUGGAGAAUCCCUGCCUGACCUUUGUGACGCCCUGUCUGCUGGCUGGGGACCGCUCCCUGGCAGACGUCAUCAUCCACGAGAUCUCCCACAGCUGGUUUGGCAACCUGGUCACCAACGCCACGUGGGGCGAGUUCUGGCUGAACGAGGGCUUCACCAUGUACGCCCAGAGGCGCAUUUCCACCGAGGUCUACGGCUCGGCGUACACCUGCCUGGAGGCUGCGACGGGCAGGGCCCUCCUGCGCCAGCACAUGGACAACACCGGGGAGGACCAUCCACUCAACAAGCUGCGCGUGGUCAUCGAGCCAGGUGUCAAUCCGGAGGACACGUACAACGAAACGCCCUACGAGAAGGGGUACUGCUUCGUCAGCUACUUGGCCCAUCUCGUGGGGGACCAGAGCAAGUUCGAUGCCUUCCUCCAGACCUACGUGAACCGGUUCAAGUUCCAGAGCAUCACAGCGGAUGACGCCCUCGGUUUCUUUCUGGAGUACUUCCCGGAGCUGAAGGACAAAGGCGUGGACACCAUCCCAGGCUUUGAGUUUGACCGCUGGCUGAACACGCCGGGCUGGCCGCCCUACCUGCCCGACCUCUCACCGGGAGAGCAGCUGAUGAAGCCGGCGGAUGAGCUGUCAGAGCUCUGGGCAGCCGACAGCUUGAACAUGGAGGCGAUCGAAGCCGUGGACAUCACGGCCUGGAGGACGUACCAGCUCGUCUACUUCUUGGAUCAGGUCCUGCAGAAAUCCCCCCUGAGGGCCAG